GAGCGGAGCGCCGGCGCGCCGAGUCGGGAGAGAGAGAGCGAGCGGAGGGAGAGAUAGCCAGGGGGGCUGCCGCCAGUGGCCGCGCGCGAGAGCCGAGCAGGAGCCGAACCGAGCCGAGUCGGGGCCCGCGGACCGGCGACGUACCCGGGGGGAAGUCCUUGCUGCUGCAGCGGGAGGACGCUGUCCAUCCGCGACGGCGAUGUGCUGCUUGUAGUGGACUGAUGUGGUGAGGAGUGUUGUGGACGCGCCGACCGUCACUGGAGUAGCGGCGCCACCGGUGUCUACACGGGACUAACGACAGGCUGCUGAGGAUUAUUCUCCGCAGACGUGGUGCCGGCAGGCCGCGCCGGAUGGCGCCGUCGUCGGCGGCCGCGGCGGCGCUGAGCGGCUCGUGCACGAGGACGGCGGCGACGACGACGACGACGACGACGACGGCGACGAGGACACCAGUGGUGGGCUGGCGGAUGAGCGAUGGUGACGGCUGCCCGCUCGGCUGAUGAUCGGAUCCAGCAGGUGCCGAGCCGUGCGCCGCCAGGCCCGCAAGGCCCUCGGCUAGGCCAGGAGGUCCGAUCAUGCCACGAUGGACGGGGAGAACCGCAUCAUCCUCAACGUGGGCGGGAUCAGGUACGAGACUUACCGGACGACGCUCAAGAAGAUCCCUGCAACGAGACUGUCCAGACUGACUGAAGCCCUCGCCAACUAUGACCCGAUCCUCAACGAGUACUUCUUCGACCGGCACCCUGGCGUGUUUGCCCAGGUGCUCAACUACUACAGGACCGGGAAGCUGCACUACCCAACCAACGUGUGUGGCCCGCUGUUCGAGGAGGAGCUCGAGUUUUGGGGGCUCGACUCGAAUCAAGUGGAGCCGUGCUGCUGGAGCACCUACAGCAUCCACAGAGACACGCAGACGACACUCGCCAUCCUGGACAAGCUGGACAUCGAUGCGGAGCGGCCGUCGGCCGAGGAGGUGGCCCGCCUGUUCGGCUACGAGGAGGACUACCUCGCCGGCAGCCUGUCGGCGUGGCAGCGCCUCAAGCCCAAAGUGUGGUCGCUGUUCGACGAGCCCUACUCCAGCACCGGCGCCAAGCUCUGUCUUCCAGAGUCGUGGAAAACUACCAAGCAGGUGGUGGCCGUGGUGUCGGUGUUCUUCAUCUGCGUGUCCGUGCUGUCCUUCGCGCUCAAGACGCACCCGGACAUGAGGGUGCCCGCCCUGCGCAACAUAACCGUCCAGAUCACCAACCCCACCUCGAACCGCAGCACGGUGCAGUACGCGUGGACGCUGGACAAGGAGCGCACCGACCCGCACGAGGCGUUCUUCUACGUGGAGCUCGCCUGCAACGCCUGGUUCACUUUCGAGUUGGCCGUCCGGUCUGUGGUUAGCCCCAACCUCGUGGAGUUCAUCAAGAGCCCCGUGAACGUGAUCGACUUCGUGGCCACGCUGAGCUUCUACACGGACGUGCUGCUGCGCUCGUCGGUGGCGCACCGCGUCGACAAGGCCGACAUCCUCGAGUUCUUCUCCAUCAUCCGCAUCCUGCGGCUGUUCAAGCUGACGCGCCACUCGCCGGGCCUCAAGAUCCUGGUGCACACCUUCCAGGCCUCCGCCAAGGAGCUGACGCUGCUCGUGUUCUUUCUCGUGCUGGGUAUCGUGGUGUUCGCGAGCCUGGUGUACUACGCGGAGAGGUUGCAGGCGAACCCGCACAACGACUUCAAGAGCAUCCCCGAGGGCCUGUGGUGGGCCAUCGUCACCAUGACCACGGUGGGCUACGGCGACAUGGCCCCCAAGACGUACGUCGGCAUGUUCGUGGGCGCGCUGUGCGCCCUGGCCGGGGUGCUGACCAUCGCCCUGCCCGUCCCCGUCAUCGUCUCCAACUUCUCCAUGUUCUACUCUCAUACUCAGGCGCGGUCCAAGCUGCCCAAGCGCAGGAGGCGGGUCCUCCCCGUCGAGCAGCCCAGGCGGCAGCCGCGGAUCGAAGGCGGCCCCGGCGGGCCGGGCGGCGGCGGCGGAGGAGGCCUCAGCAACCGGCGCAUGAACGCCAUCAAGCACCACCCCGCCAACGCCAUCUUCAAGGAUGCCUUCGCGCCUGCCAAGAUAGGCAACGUGAACGGCGUCAACAUGAUCGGGCUGGCGCUCCAGGGGCAGUCGCUGCCGGGGCUGCAGGUGGCGCGGCCCACCGGCUCCGUGGACAUGACGGCCAUGCCGCUGCAGCAGCUCGUCCCGCGGGAGCCCACCGGUACGUCGUCGUCUCGUCGGCAGGGCAAAAGCAAUUACAGCCUGCGGACUCUGGUCGGGUCUGGUCUGCUCAGUAACGGCGGCGGCACCGGCAAAUCACUCACUCCUGCGCCGGAACGCAGGGCCGGGCGGGGUUGGGCGCGGCACUCGGCUCGAACGAGGUGAUUUCGGGCCGAUUCA